ACGUGGUCACGCGGCGUCAGCCCAGUAGAACGAAAAGGCAGGAGCCCCGGGGACCGCGGCGGCAAAGGCAUGGCGCACAUCGGCGGACAACCGUUGAAUCAGGUCACCCUGCGCAGCACCUUCCUGGCUGCCGACCAGGGCCACAAUGGAGCGAUCGACUACCGCGAGCUGCAGAUGGCCCUGUCGAGCGGCACCUGGCGGCCCUUAAACAUGGAGACGGCCAAGAUGCUCGUGUGCCUCUUCGACCGGAACCACGACGGCACCAUCAACUUCGACGAGUUCAGCGAGCUGUACCGCUUCGUGACGGAGUGGUCGAGCGCGUUCCGCCGCUUCGACCCAUCCAACGGGGGCCAGAUCGAGCCCACCGACAUGAUGACCGCGCUCAAGGAUUGCAACUACACGCUCACGGACCGUUUCAACUCAAUGCUGCUGCGCCGCUUCGUGCGGGCAGGAAAAAUCUACUUCGACGAGUUCAUCCAGGCCUGCAUGUUCGUCAAGAGCGCCACGGACGCGUUCCGUCGCUACGACCGCCAGAAGACCGGCGUGGUCAACGUCCGCUUCGAGGAGUACAUUGUCAUGCUCAUCCAGGUGCUCGCCUAGCACUGUCUCCCGGAAAAUUGCCCCUGCGUCACCGGGGAACGCCGCUCAAAAUUCUCCCUUCGACAAUACAACAUGCCCAGUCGG